ACAAAGCAACCAUUGCUUCGGAUUCAACACACUAUUUUGGCAAGAAUUUUCUAAUUUUGCAUCGCAUUUCAAAAUGUCACUCGAUUCAACGCUAGACCCUAGAGAGGAAGUUCGUUUUCUGAGCAAGGUUAACCGUCUGGUACGGCGCCUGGUGAAGAGGACCCACUUUACGACCCGAGAACUGGAAGCGUGUCUGCUGAUCUACUACAAGCUGGUGCGUGACGAUGAAACCAACCAGGGACUGAUCGUGGGGAGACACCAGCUGGACAUGGUGUUCGACAUGGCCUUUGGAAUCUCCGACGGUGUCACGGUAGCACGAAUCUAUAACGCACUGGAUAAGGGUGUUACGUCGCAUGUCACAAUGGAGCAGUGGGUGUUAAUGUUAUCGCUAUUUCUGAGGGGAACCAUCGACGAGAAGAUCGAUCAUUGCUUCAAAGUUUACGAUAUUGGUGGUGAAGGUGUCAUUCGGAGGGAACACAUGCUGGUUCUACUGAAGGGUUCAUUUGUCAAAGAGCACGAGGAGGACGCGGAUGAAGAGAACAAGGAUCUAGCGGAGAUAAUUCUGCGCAAAUUGGACAUGGAUAGGGAUGGUGCUAUUUCGCGGAAUGACUUUCGAGAAGCGGUGCGCAAAGAACCGGAAUUUAUGGAGUGUUUCGGUCAAGCACUGCCGGAUCGUGCUCAUGUGUACGCCUUCUCUCGGACAUUCCUGGAAAAGGUGCCAAAAUUUUAAAGCAUUUAAGAUAAAAAUUUUAA